GGUGUUUUUAUUAUAACUUCGGAAUUUCAGAUAUGUGCAUGAAAUAUCAUCGUUUUUUGGACCCAUUCUGGGAAUGAACUACAUGUUUCACUUGGUCAAUCUGUGCGUACUGCUGCUGGAAUGUAUACGAUGUGAACAUGAUGCUCUAGUGCGUAAUUUAUCCGUGCUCGGGGUGUCGCUGGGCAACCUGCUCGUCACCUCUAUCACCUUCGAGAUUGUCAGCACUUAUAGUGAAAAACUAAUCAAUGCUGUGUAUGGAAUGCCCUGGGAGAGCAUGAAUGUCAGUAACCGCAAAUGUUUGAUGCUCUUCUUGAAUCGAGUUCAAGAUCCUAUCAGAGUGACUACUAUGGGUGUGGUGCCUGUGGGGGUACAGACUAUGGGAUCGAUUUUGAGGAAAAGUUUCUCAUUUUGUACUUUUUUACUGACCAUUGAAUGAUGAAACAAAAUCAAUGUUUAAAGUUCAUUUAAUCGGAAGCAUUCUAUAGUAUGAAA